AUGCCCAUCCACGUCACCGACAUUUCGAAGCCGUUUCUCCACGUCGAGCGCGAGACGCCCUUCGGCCCGCUCGUCACCGGCGACCUCGACGAUGACGACGACUACGUGUGGGGAUACAAGCACCUCAUCGACGUCGAGGAGACGUACAUUGAGAAGAGGAUGAAGGCGAUGAUUAAGCAGAAGCCCGGCACCACUGGAGCUGAGCUUCUCACCGACCUCAUGGGCACCAAGGAGGACGCCAGUGCCCGCACCAAUCGCACUGACGGCAUGCCGGAUGCGGUUGCCGAGGCGAUCUUCCGUCGCGUUUAUCCCCUUGCCAACCCCGUCGACGUGCGCCAGGCCGCCAUCAACCCGAAUCAAGUGGUCGCUCUCAUCCUCGUCCUCUGGGCGAUGGAGGGCGAGAACACCGGCCGCGUCCCCGCCAAGCCCCACCCCCGCGUCACUAAGCCCAAGGCCGGAUUCUGUCCGAAGAUCGAGUUCACCCUCCGUUGGUGCGCCGAAAAGCUCAUCGAGCUCUGUCCCGACGACAUGCAUAAGCCAGAGGAGUGCUGUGGCGAGUGUCACGCCGAUGGUCACCGCCUCUGCUUCCUCUUCUCCCUCAUGAGCGACCUCAAGUGCUUCAAGUGUGCCUUCAUGGACACCCCUUGUGGAUUCGAGCCAUAG